AUUUCCGUCGCUGGUAAUCGCAGCGAGAUCGCGUCGUAUCGUUAUCGUAUCGUCCAAACUUCAUUUUGCAUUUACUCUCUCUCGCUCGCUCGCUUGCCGAUUUCCUCCCCGUACCCGGCGUCGGUUUUCCCGUCCGUUGACGUUCCCGUCGGACUUCCGGGAUCCCCGGGAAAUCCUUCGCGUUCCGGUGCGGUUGUUCGGAAUUGAAUGUCGUGAUUUUCUCGCCCGCCCGUUUGCGAUCUCCCAACCGCAUUGAUUCCCGUCAUCAUUGCUCGAAUUUCGCGCUUUCUGAAUCGGGGAAAAUGGUGGUCGUGAGCAGGAGGCGGCUGUGCACGAUUCGGACGCAACGCGGCGGCGGCGGCGGCUGAACGCGACCGAUGGUUCGAGCUUGCUGUGCGAUUCCUGUCGUUUCUGGUGUCGUGGUUGCGGCGCGAGAGGGAAAAAGGAAUGUCCUUUUUUUUUUUUUGAAGGAGUGACGGUGUUCGCUCGGAGGGUUUCGGUUUGAGAGCGGUGGGUUCGGCGGAAGCGAACGAGCGAGGGGCGGUUUGAUGCGCUUUUAAGGGGAUUGGUCGGCGAGAUGAUAGUUUCCGGGGAGUGAUCUCGUUGCUCUCGUUAAAUUUGAAAAAUGGAAGCGAAGGAAGAUGGCGAAGCGCAGGAGGAGCGGUCUUCGUCGCCGUAUUACGUUCUGCAGCACUUCUCCGAGGAGGCGAUUCGAGUGGCCAACGAGGCGAUUCACAGCGUUUACACGGGCGGCGGUUCGGGUGUCCAGCCGGGGCACAGGCGCAGCCGGAGCGAUGUGAUGCACAGGAGGAGCAAUAAUCUGCAGAAAUGGAAGGCUCAGAUGCAGAAGGCUUGGCGAUGGGGGAGUAGCUCGGACGAGCAACGCCUUCGGUCCAGCUUUAACCCUGAGGUGCUGGCGAACCAGAAGCGGCAGUGGUAUCAGCUCCACGCGAGACCUCUGGACAACGAUACUUAUGUGCCGCCAACCUCCCUCUUUGAACAUUUCAUCAUUGCUGGUCUUCAUUCAGAUGCUAACUUGGAAGUUGUGGAGGAUGCAUUUGUCAGGAGGAAAAAAUGGGAGUCAGAGAUGGCAAAAUCUGAAUUAAUAGACUCAAAAUUGUUGCAGAAUCGAGGGCCUUCUUUCCCAACGUUGGAGCCUCAGAUACUAUUUAAAUAUCCUCCUGGCAAGAGGUUAGCAAUGCGACAGAGGGAUUUAGCAGCAUUUUGUUUUCCUGGAGGUGUUAAGGCACAAAUGCUGGAGAGAACCCCAUCUCUAAGUGACCUGAAUGAACUUGUUUAUGGGCAGGAGCAUUUGGGCCGGGAUGACUUAUCAUUUCUUUUCUCAUUUAAGAUGGCAGACAAUGCAACUCUUUAUGGAGUUUGUUUGCACGUACCAGAAAUUGUUCAGAGACCACCUGGCAUCGUUGGAAAUUCGUCACCUCCUCCUCAGUCAUCCGGAGGAUGUCGUUUUCUUGUCUCCGCUCCUCGAUGUUACUGUUUGUUAACUAGAAUUCCUUUCUUUGAGUUACACUAUGAGAUGUUGAACAGUAUCAUAGCACAGGAGCGUCUUGACCGGAUCACUCGAUUUGUUAAUGAAAUGACUCUCACCAGUUACAUUCCUUCAGAAACCAAUGCACACGAUGUAAUGAGUAAGAAUGAUGAGCAUCCUGACAAUGACUGUCGUACAGAUUGGAUGGCAUCUGCAAUACCUCUUCACAGUGCUUUUGCCCUUACUGCUGCUGCCGCUGGUCUGGCACAAGAUAGUGGUUUCUCAUCUUCUUCAAUUAAGAUCCAGGAAACGCAAUCGCCUGAAAGUGCUACUGCGAGUGAUGUUUCUGAGUUGAAUCAAGCGAGGCAAAUAGAUAACGAUGUUGGGAGGUCUACGCUACAUGUUGAUGACAAUACUUCUGAGAUCUCAGAAACUCGUUCUGAGUGUCUGGAACAGAUGUCUGAAUGCUAUGAAAAUGGACUUAACUCUCCAGAAGUUGGGGCAUUCUUAUGCCAUAGGAACCCUAUAAUGGAGCGACUGGGGAGUUCUGAAUCCCUUUACAGUCCAGUGAGAAGUGUGGUAUUAGAGGAUGAGGAUGAUGAUCUCUUUCCAAAUUCGCAAAGGGAACUAAAUGAUGAUGUAAUAAUGGAGUGGGCAAGAGAAACUACGAAUGAUUUGCUCCAGAUAGUCUGCAGUUAUCAUGCCUUGCCUCUUCCACCGAGGGGAGGUGAAAUGGUUUUUAAGCCUCUUGAACAUCUUCAGGCUGUCUCAUACAGGCGACCUCCCGUAUCUGCUUUUGGGCUUAGUAAACAGUUGUUAGAUUUAUUGGAAAAUGCCGAGGUCCAUGCAAAGAUAGGUUUUGCAGAGACAGCUCUUGCGCUCUCUGUAUGGACAACUGCAACUAUUUGUCGAGUUCUCUCACUUGAAAGUGUUUUAUGGUUGGUUGCUGGUGUUCUAUUAGAAAAACAGAUUGUAGUAGUGUGCCCCAAUCUUGGUAUUCUAUCAGCUUCUGUGUUGUCUCUUAUUCCCUUGAUUCGACCAUUUGAAUGGCAGAGUUUAUUGCUACCCGUUCUGCCUGAGAGAAUGUUUGAUUUUCUUGAUGCUCCAGUUCCCUUUAUAGUGGGCAUACAGCACAAAUUUGCUGAUUUGAAGAUGAAAACAUCUAACCUUGUUCAGGUUAAUGUGCUUAAGGACCAGGUGAAAAUGUGUCAUUUGCCAGCACUACCUAGGUACAAAGAGCUUGUUUCUGAACUAAAGCCAAUCCAUGCUAGACUAUCUCGUGAAAGCUCAAUUGCUAAAAGGCAUCCUGUUUAUAAGUGCAGUGAAGUGCAGGCAGAAGCUGCUAGCAGAUUCUUGACUGUAAUGAGGAACUACCUUGAUUCUCUUUGCUCCGAUUUGAAGUCUUAUACAAUUACUAGUGUACAGUCAAAUAAUGACAGGGUUUCUUUACUGCUUAAAGAUAGUUUUAUUGAUUCCUUUCCUAGUAGAGACCGACCAUUUAUUAAGAUGUUUGUCGACACACAGAUGUUUAGCGUUCUAUCAGAUGCUGCUAUAUCAACCUGUGAGAGUAGGCGUUUCUAACAUAAAUCUCGACAACAUUGUGAUGCAUCAAGUGAAACUUUCAAGGUUCGUUAGAGAAUCCUGCUGUAGAUGGGAGAGAGACUACUAUAGCCGAAGGCUUUAACAAAAUUUUAAUUUGUAGACUACUGUGCUCCUUUGGACGUCAAGGGCAUGCAGAUAUGUGCUGUGCCAAUUGCUCAUCAGUAAAUCGUCUUGCCUAAA